CAUAGAAGAAGACAGAACAAUAAUACAAGCACCAAACAAGAGGGUCCCAAGAGAGAUGCUAUCUUGGACUUGAACAAGUACAAGGAUCAGGUGAUCCGUGUGAAGUUCAUUGGUGGAAGACAUGUCACUGGUGUGUUGAGGGGCUUCGACCAGUUGAUGAACUUGGUCUUGGACGAUGUGACGGAGACUUUAAGAGAUGACGACAGCAUCUUGACCAAAGAAACUAGACAAUUGGGUUUUGUUGUCGUGAGAUGUACUUCUUUGUUGACCAUUUCUCCAGCAGAUGGAACUGAAGAGAUCGACAACCCUUUUGUAACUGCCGAAGAGUAG